AUGAAGCAAAUGUUAGACGAACUGGCAGCUGAGUUAGUGGAACUUGGAAAACCAGACAAAGAAGAAGUACUGUUCGAAUUUGAUGACGACACACAAGAAGAUGUGGCAGUUGAAUCAGAAGAGGAAGAUGGUGCAGGAGUGAGAUUCGCGGACACAGAUGAUAAUGAGUCCGACACCGAAGGAGUUGUGAGAAGCUACAGUGACGACGGUGUCAAGGUUGGAGCAAAAAGGGUACUUUGCCCAAGACACAAUCGAUCCUACUUCUCCCAAGGGGUAAAAAUGAGACCCACUGAGAGCUAUAGAAGAGAGAAAUCAAGAUUUGGACAGGCAUACCUACAAAGGAAGAUUCCGCCUGUGCCAAACGUUUUGAGAAAUGACGCUGACGAAGCGUUGGUAGUCGCUCGUGUUAUUCAACAAAUACUUGAGGGUGUCAACAGUGGUAUCAAUGGGCAAGACGGAGUCUCAUUCAUUCAGCAAUACUAUCCGAAUAAAGGACUGAAGAUAUUCAAGGAGCGGCCAUGA